AUGACUCUGCGUCCUUCCACUGCUCCCCAGCGUGUCCCUCUCCCGUCUCCUCCUGCGUCCUCUCUUCCUGCUCUUGCUGACCCGGAGUCUGACUCCCUUCGCGCUACCCAUCCUACUGUGACGCGUCUCCUGGCUACUGUUGUCACCGACCCUUCCUUUGAGUCCGCUGCUGCGUCUGCCUUAGUUGCUGAGCUUGUCGACUUUGCUGCCACCUGUCGUCUAGACUACGCUGCUAGCCUAGUUGCUGAGUCUGAGUCUGUCUGUCCUCCGUCUGUCGGGGGUGAGCGUGCUCUUGGCACGAACGUUCUUGAGGACAGGCAGGAGGAGUUUGAGUGUUUUGCCGCUGCUUUACCUCAUCUCGUGUCCAUGCUAGUUGCCCCCGAGGGAGAUCCGGAUGCACAAGACAUCCCGACUCCUCGAUCGUACGCUGAGGCGAUCGAGAUUCCCUAUUCCUCUCAGUGGCAGUCAGCCAUGGAUGCAGAGAUGGCUUCUUGGAAGUCCACAGGUAUCUACGUUGACGAGGUUCCCCCACCUGGGGCGAACAUCGUCAGUGGUAUGUGGAUUUUCAGGGUGAAGCGGCCGCCGGGUUCUCCGCCUGUCUUCAAGGCGCGUUACGGUGCACGACGCCUUAGUGAGCGAGAGGGAGAGGACUUCUUCCAGACCUUCUCCCCGACCCCGAAGAUGACCACUCUUCGGUGGAGCCUCCGGCGGCCAGUCUACGGUCUCCGACAGGCAGCGCGUGAGUGGCAAGAUACACUGAAGACUACACUUGCGGCUCUUGGGUUCGCUCCCUCUACUGCUGACCCGUCGCUGUUUCUAAGCACCGACACUUCGCUGCCGCCGUUCUACAUCCUCGUGUACGUCGACGACUUGGUCUUUGCCACUGCUGACACUACGGCACUCGCCCACGUGAAGUCCAAGCUGCAGAAGAGACACACGUGCACAGACUUGGGUGAACUGACAAGCUAUCUUGGCUUGCGGAUCACCCGGGACAGAGCACGGCGCACCAUCACCUUGACUCAGUCACACAUGGUGCAGCAGGUCCUUCAGCGCUUCGGCUUUACCUCCAGUUGUGAGGCUGAGAUCUACGCCACAGCCAUGGCUGCACAGGAGUUAUGCUGGCUCACCUACCUGCUGACCGGCCUGGGAGAGCGGCCUAGUUCUCUAGUGCUGCACGUUGACAACAAGUCUACCAUUGCCUUGUGUGAGGAGCACAGACUGGAGCACAGAACGAAGCAUAUCGCUCUGCGGUACUUCCUCGCUUGA